AUGGCAAAAGCUGAACUAAAAAAUAAAAAAUCAAUAAGUAUUUUCCAUGGCAAAGGUGUUAAGUCAUCCAUUUCUCAAACUUUUAGUAGAUGGAGAUCGACAUUUAAAAAGAUUACCCAAGAAACUUUGAAUUCUCUCGAUAAUGGAUCUAUGAAUGAUGAUAAGGUAGAAGCACUGUUUCAAGCAGAUGAUUCAAGUGUCUCUACUUCGGAUCCUAACUCCGAGGGAACCAGUUACGCUUCUAAUUCGAUGCCACCAAAUCUAGGUGCCGCUGUUGAAAUGAGAUUGACUGAUGAAACUGAAUCUUUUGAAUGUUCUGACUCUUCUAGUGAUGAAGAUGAUAGUGAUUCAAAUAUCGAAACUUUUUCGAAUUACAAUGCUACAGAAAAAUGCAAAGAACUGCGACACGAACUUGGAGAGCCGUUCUGUAGUGCUGAUAUCAUUUGGAAAAGAAGAAGAGAGCUUUGGACUGAAAUCAAUGAAACGAACAAUGACAUUUCAGGCUCUGAAAAAAGGAAACAAACUUUUGAAAAAAUCCCUGCUGAUUACUACCCUCGUGUUUACAAAAAAUUAGUUAUAGAUGAUAAACCUUUGAAAGAUCCGUUAAAUCUAGAAGAUGCGAUUCAAGUAAUUAAUUCUGGUUGGACUGAGACUAAAAAAUGGGCUACUGCAGCAAACGGGUUGGGUUAA